AUGAAAAACUCACCAAGAUCAGUUUUAAUCGGAUGGACUUCCUUGGCUGUUUGUGCUUUAGGAGGGUACAUGGUCAGUAAAGCUUACACCAACCAUCGGCUGAAGCAGUACACGUCAGGUUUCGGUUCGGUUACUUCUUCCAAUGCGAACAUUCCCGAUACACCAGCAGAACAAAAGGACCCGAAUGCGCCUUUCCAACGAUCGGUCAAUCGUCGACUGUAA